CCUAAUCCGACACAACACCCACCGCACCUUCAUACCGCCAACCACAUCACCACCAACAACAACUUGCGACUUUUGCUAUUGCUGAACCUGUCGUCGCAUACAGUAUCUAACAAAGAGAGCGCGACAAUCGCUUCACUAUCUUCGUCGCGACUGCAUACACUCGUCGCUUCCUGGGAUCCGUCAUCGUCCGCGACGCGCUUGCAAAUGAAAACAACAAACUGUCGCGUCUAGCCAACUCCACAUAUCAUCCCGACAUCCCGAGGGUGCUACCACCCAUUGCUCAAGACAUCUAUAGCCCAUAGCAUAUACCGACAACAGUAAUGUUUUAUUCGGAGGCUCUCCUGUCGAAGACGGGGCCUCUGGCUCGCGUCUGGCUGUCGGCCAACCUCGAACGCAAACUUUCGAAAACACACAUUCUGCAAUCAAGCGUCAAGGACAGCGUAGAUGCUAUCGUUAACCCCGGCCAGGCGCCAAUGGCCUUGCGUCUCAGCGGCCAGCUUCUUCUCGGCGUGGUGCGAAUUUACAGCAGGAAGGCGCGCUAUCUUCUCGAUGACUGUAAUGAGGCAUUAAUGAAGAUUAAGAUGGCAUUCAGAAUCUCCAGCAACAACGAUAUACCCGCUGGACUUCAUAUGCCUUCGCGCGACACGCUUCUGCUUCCCGAUGUCCUGACUGAAGGUGAUAACCUCGAGAUGCCGCCACUGCCGGAUGCAUCCUUCUUAUUAUCGCAAAUGGAGGAUGACACUCUGAAUACACCACGCAAGCGUCGCGCAGGAAGUAUCAACCUACUUGAAGAUUUCAACCAAAGCCAAUACCUCCAAAACAGCAUGGUCGAAUCACAAAAAUACCCAGACGAUGAAGUUAUCAUGGCGGAUGACCUCGAUCUGGACCUAGAUUUCGGAGAGGACAUCGAUCUACGCGCCGACGGAAGCCUUGAAAUGGGUCGUGACGCCCCUGCAGAGCGCGAACUCGGUGAUGAUAUCGGAGACACCCAACUUGAUAUCUUCGGCAAAGACACCACCCUUCUCGGCCGUGAUCGACAGCAAUCCGUUCAAGUCAGCAUUGCGGGUGACGACGAUGGAUUCCACUUCCAAGGCGACGAUGGAGAUAUCAACAUGGGCGAUGCGGACAACUUCCCCCUCGGCGAUGAGAGUCUUCACAUGACCGCUCUUCCUGGCCGUGAACGCAUUUCAGAGUCACCGCUCUCCGAUAUCGACCCCGAACAGGAGCGUGAGAUGCUAGAAGAACAUGCGCGCAACGAAGAAUCUGCUCUUUUUGAGCCAAUCGAGGAGACGGAGACAUCUAUUUUCAGGGAACCCGCUCAACGUGCCCGAAAGCUCAAGCUUCUCAAACCCGACGAAGACACUAUCAUCCCUUCAGCAGUUAUCAAGGCCCAGCAACAAGAUCGAUCUAAGAUCCUGCGUCCCGAGUCUUUCCUGCCAAGAGAUCCUACUCUCUUUGCCUUGGUUGAGAUGCAGCGCAACGGCGGUUUCGUCAGCAACAUCCUCAGAGACGGCCGAUCUGCUGGCUGGGCACCCGAACUCCGUGGCAUCCUCUCCCUCGACGCCAUCCUAUCUUCGCGAGCCCAGAAGCGCAAGCGCGAUAGCGGCAUCGCAGAUAUGUCCGGCGAUGAGGACGAGCACGCAGCCAAGUCACCGCGUUUGCAGCUAGACCUCGAUCUCGGCGAGGAAGACGCCUUCGGCAACAUCAGCGCCGCAGCCGGAUUCGGCGCUGAGUCGCAAGCAAACGGCACGAUCCUUGAGAUCCCCGCUGAUGAUGGAUUCGUACCAAUGAAUGAUGAUGACGACAACUUCGGACGUCCAGACUCCCGCGGCAGCGAACGCGAAAGAGAUGGCAGCGAGGACCCCGAGCAAAACUUCGACGAGACCAGAGCGCCUCUCGUCCACCCCGCCGACUCCGGCCCAGUCUCCCUAGGCACCACCCACGCCGUGCACCUGCUUCGCGACCGCUUCGGAGCCGAAGCCGCCAACAGCCCAGAGAAGCGCAAGAAGGCCAGCGUAAUGUUCCAAGACCUGCUUCCGGAACGUGGCACGAGCAAGGCGGACGCAACGAAGAUGUUCUUCGAGGUCCUGGUGCUCGCCACCAAGGAUGCGGUCAAGGUCGAGCAAAGCCAAGGCGAGCUCGGAGGACCGAUACGCGUGAGGGGCAAGCGUGGUCUCUGGGGUAGCUGGGCCGAGAGGGAAGCUGGUGGCGAGAUCGCCGAGGAGCUGGGAGAUAUGGAUCAGAUCCUGGAGCAGGCGAGGGGACUCGUUUCUGUUGAUGCAUAGAUGGCUGCUUUCAGGGAGGGUUCAUUUCUUACGGCGACUAUGGGGGUAGCGUGGAGGGAGGAGGCGUUCUGGGAUUUGGGUGUAUGAGUAUGAAUUCCUUUGUUGCUCAUCGCUGGAAACGGCGUUUAUGGUGGGCGGUUAUCGACAUCCGCGAAGAUUCCAAUUUUUUUUAAAAGGGGGUGUUGGGGAGUUCGCAUGUGUUUUUGCAUGAGGGGCAUAUGAGGGGGAAUGGAUAGUAUAAUCCUGCGUGGGGUUCCUUGCGAAGGACCCUUAAAUGUUAUGAGAAUUGCAUUGAUUAAGAAG